AUGAAUAAGACAAAAAAUAAUCACAGACGGGCAUUGUCCAAUAAUGAUUUCUAACAAAUUAUAACUUCCAAAAUUUCAGGAUUGCUUGAAGAAAAUAAUACACACAAAAUGAUGCAAAAGAAUCAAAGCUUUGGCAAUGUGCUAUUCUAAAUUCAAGAGUAGACUGACAUUGCAUCAUCAACAGAAUAAUCAAUACAAUCAGCCAAAAAGACUCAAAUUAUUGAAUCAAGUAUCAAAAACAAUAGAUCCCAAGAAUAGAAGGAAAACCUAAAAAACCAAGGCUCCUGCUCUAAUCUCAUUUCACAAAUCUAAUAUAUGAUUAAAAGCAGUCAUCCCAUCAAGGAAAUUACUUAAAAAACAUUAAAUAGCGAUUCAUAGGAUAAAAAUAAACAACUUAGCUUCACGAAUGAACUACAAAAAAAACAUAGUUAAAUCAUAUCUUAAUCUAAUAAUAAAAAUGAAAGUUCCAGUCUGACACCUGAUAGGAAUAGAGCAGAAUUAAAUGGGAGCAAAUUAAAUAGUCAUAAACAAAAAUCUGAUCAACAUUAAAAAUCUAAAAUUGAGUUAUCCAGUUCAUUAUUCAAUACUCUACUAAGGGGAGAUAGCAAAAAGAAGUUGAAUCUUGAGUAAUAAGAAUCUUAUAGAAGGAUGGAACUACAAAUGAAUAAAAUGUAAAAGGAUAUAAAUACCAUUAAAAUGAGAUAAGAUUAAUUAGAUUAAUUCAAUAGAAAUAUACAGCAUCAACUCUGUGAUUUCAUGAGCGAAAGCAAAAAAUAACAAGAUGUAAUUGAUUAAUCCAUAGUUUUUAGUAUGGCUAUCAAUCUCUCCAAAAACUCGAGUAAUUGGAAUAAAUCACUCGAAGAAAUGAAGAAUCCAUAUAACUCAUUAAAUAACAACUUAUUCUUGAUCAACCUAACCAAAUAAAUAAAGGAAAUGAAAAUAUUAUCAAUUUUGGGUAUUAUUCUUAUCUAUAUCAAUAUUUAGAAAUCUCACCUCCUACAAGUAGGAUAGCGAAUAAUAUAAAAAGCUUAAUAACUUAAAAAGUAAUAAUAAACUGUGA